UUAACUAAACUGGUGUUCCUCAACUGCCUUUAUCAUUUGAACAGGGGUGUACGCCCACGUCAAAUUAGUAUUUUCACACCGCUGACGUUGUGUCAUGUAAAAUGUUCAGGAAUAAUUAUCAGGGUGGAGCUGUGGUUGAGAUCUUCAGUGGACAAGGAAAAGACCCUGCGGCUAAAUGGAAACUCUGCGGAGGGCCGUCAGCCAUAUAUAAAGAGUAUAAUAAAGAAGUCAAAGGAUGUGUUUACUGUCUGGAUGGAAGCAGCCAGACAGUCAAGAUGCAAAUGCCGGAGAAUGGCAAAAUGUCUCUUGGACUUCUCCAAAGAUUUUUGGUGCUUCAAGUCAACGUUUCUCACGGUCAUGACUUUUCUGCUGAGCUUGUGAUAACUGAUUCAGAGGGCCUAAAAAGAAGACUCCACUUAUCAACAGUGCAUAAAGAGGUGUCUGCCACACUUUUGCAUGCAAAGAUACCUUUUGUUGGACUGAAACGCAAUGUUUGGUCAACAUUAUGCAUCGACCUUGUAUCACUGAGCGGUGAACUGUUCAAGGGAUUUUUGACACUGGAUGGCAUCACGUUGUUCGCUACCUGCAAAGUCCGGAGAAUCUUCACUGUAAGAACGGAGCAUGCAGGAAUGUCAGAUGAUGACAUGUUUCGCAGUGGAGCUGGUCUCAUGGACUUAAUCCCACGCAGUUGCCAGUUCCCACCAGACGUGAACCAAGUCAUUCAGGUGUUCAACAGGGAAAAUGUGCGAAAAACAGAUUUGAGGACUGGUCUUUCUAACUCUGACUGUGUUCCUACCACUGCCAGAUCAACCUGUUAUCGGAGAACCAGGCCCCAGGGCAUUUUACACACAGCCUCAGGCUCCAGAGCCUCUGGACCACCUCUCCUAACUGGAAGAAAUAGCAAGGGAUCGAGUAGAAUGAACCAAAAGGUUACUACAGAAAGUCAGAGCAUUACCAACCAGAGUGAGAAUUUAUCACAUGGAGAACCUUCCCACAUUCCCAAUGAGGCUUUUGUAAUGUUGAAAGUACAUUAUGUAGGAGCAUCUGGCAGUUUACAGCCACAUCCCCCUAAAAAAAGAGCAGUUGACAAGAAGGGAUCUAAGAAGCUGAGAGUCAUCAGUGCUGGAGGAGAAAAGCAAACAUCAUCAAAUGAGUGUCACACUCCUGCAAAGGAAAGCUCAGCACUCAUGGUCACAGAGUCUCAACUGUGCUCUGUGCAGCAAGGUUUGCCUUCUGACCUGAAGGUCUGGAACAGCUGGGAGAGUAAUGAAGGGUCUGAGCCUCAGCUCACUCUGCAAGAGAAGGUGUUCACUUUCUCAUCCCAGCCUCACUCACCCAAACGAGGACAAGGCCAGGGUGACCAGGAGAAGAUGGAGAUGGGAGAUCGUCAGGUUCAGAGCAAGAUUGGGAGGCGGUAUGAUGUCCAGCCCGAGGAUGACUUUAUUGGCAGUGAAAGUGAUGAGGAUAACAACUUCACCAUGUUCCAACAUCAACAAACAAGUGGGUCCAAUCUUACAUCUCCCAGAACGCUUGAUCCAACUUUAAGCAAACAACUUGAAGGUCACCCUGGAUCUCCUAAUGUGAACCUAACACCUCCACUUAACACCGGUAUGCAGCCUCAUUCCAGUGGGAAAGCUGAACCUGGGCUGUUUCCCACACGGUGCUUCUCACCUAAUGGACUGGAACAGAAGCGUGGUCCAAGAGCUUCAGAGAAAGUAAACCGGGUUCUUGAUGUGAGCAGCAGCAUAUCAGUUUGUAGAAGACUCCUGCAAGAAGUCAAAUUGGAUGAUUCAAAACAGCACAAGGCUGAAGAAGAAGAUGAGACACUAAAGCCUGUUGAUUCCAGUCAUUGCGACUUGGACCUGCUCAGCAGUCCGCAGACACAAGAUGAUGAGGAGCUUCGAAUGCUGGCUAGCCUAAAAAGAGAGCAAGAGGAAGAUGAAUGUAAAGCCUCGGGCCUCAGUGCAUCUCAGAUCCACCGGUGUAAUGUCAGCAUCAGCAUGAGCAGUGACGAUACUUCUACAUGGACCCACAUCUCUCUGCCGACUAAUCAGGGACACCACUAUCAGACGGAAAUGAACCCCUUCCUGCAAUCAAACCCCAGGGAAUGGAUGGACGUGCUCAGCCCUCCUAUUAUGCCUCCCAGCCAGCAGAGAAGGUCAGGCAACGCAUGGAACAAUGGGGGAAGUCUAGUCAGAGGAGGAGAUGAGUCAGUGAAUGAAGAGGAGAACGAGGAUGAGUAUUUGAAUCUGCUCUAUGAUCCUUGCCUGAACUGCUAUUUUGAUCCAAAGACAGGAAAGUACUAUGAACUGGCAUGACUUGAAGUCAAUUAGAGCCAAAAAUAAUAAAUCAAAUUGAAAGUGGAUGAAUGGCUUCAGGAUUUAUCAGCUGAGCUUAUUGAUCGGUAUUGAAUUCCCAAUUCAGAAAAAAAUCACUUUCUGUCUAUCCGUUCGUUUGUGGAAGCUAACAGGAGCUUUGUGUCACCAUAUGUAGUGUCAUGUAAGUCUGUAAGAGCCUGGGAAUGUAAUACAGAUACUUGCUUUUUGAAAGUUCUUGCUUAUUCAUUCGCACAUGUGAUGCUAAAAAGAGUCUGUUCAUGAAGCUUGGCUGGCAAACUCUUAUCGGGCUUCCUCAAAGAACGUACGGAAUCUGUGAUAUUUCAGUUUUACAUGUUACAAUACAGAUAAUUUAUGGUGUCACAAAAUCAUAAAGCCAUGCUGUGCAUAUGUGUAAUGUGAAUUAAAUUAAAUUUGAAAUAGCAGUGGUUUGAAUUUCUUCUGUUUAUCUGGAUUUAAAAUGAGUAAUUUGACAGAAUUGGGACAAGGAUAAAGGAAGAUGAUUGUUUUUUAAUAUACUCAAUGCAUGUAAAAAUCUUCAAAAUUAGGAUCUCAUGGCCUGCGACUGUAACUGGGAGUACAACAGGCGGGUUGCUCAUGAGGCUGGCAAGUCUUUUCGUCAGUCUCGCCAAAUCACUCAUCACACCUGAUGAGCGCCUGAUACCAGCUUGAAUCAUUAUUUUCAGCCUGAUAUAAACUGUUGCCUAACCAUGAAGAAAAAAAAAUGGCAUAAAAGAAAGGAAAAUCACAUCCUGGGAAAUGUUUUAUUAUUUGUAGAAAUUCAGGAAACAAUAGCAGAGUGACAAAUGUUCAAUUUCACAAUGUAUUGUUUCCAAUUAACAGUUACAAGCUGCCAAAACCAGACCUUGGACAGAGAAAAAUCAACAUUUCUGAAUUUUAAUGCGCUUAUGACUCACAAAACUGGUCCUAGGAACUGUGUGACAGCCUCGAAAAGGCACUGAAUGUUACAUAAGGAACUGCGUCGCAUUUCAAGCAUGAUCUCAGUGCUUUAUAUAGUACAGGACCCAAUAAAAAACAUGCCAAAGGAUCAUUAGUUAAAACUGACUUCCUCUCUAAAGUAAUCAGACACAUACGUCACCAUUUGUAAGUACUAUCACACUUAGUGGAUCGUUUGCAGCAAAAACGACAAGUCUGAAAAUAAGUUUUAAAUAGGCCAUCGGAAGGUCAUGUGACACAUAACUUUAUGUCACAUGGUGUUCUUUAACAGGGGCGGGGAAACAGGUGAAAAAAGCAGAAGCAGGAAGUAAACAGCUGUAGAUCUUACGACUAUACUCGGACCAAAAAUAAUAAUAAAUCGUUUAAAUGCUUUUAAAUCGCUUCAGUUUGGAUCCUUGCAGGCUAUAAUGUUCACAGUUCGAGGCUGCAUAAUGAAAAUAAGUUAGCGGGGCUUUAAAGGUAACAAGGAUGUCUGAACAACAGGCCGGGUUAAGGCUUCACCCCGGGAUUAUUGCAUCAGUGAUCUUGGUGUCUGCGGCGGCGGUAGCUGCUGCCGUAUUGAUCAUCCGAAAAUACUGCUUCCCAGUCAAUGAGGCAACUUACAGAUACUCAGUGCUGAGACAGAUGGAGGAGGGGCAUUCAGCAGCGGCAGAGGAGGAUGGCGACAGGAGGUCGCGCACAGUGGGAGAGGAUUCAGACGAGGAUCUUUUGGAAUAAAUCUCCAACUGGGAAGCUGCUGGACUGACUGAAAUGGAGUUUAUUCUAUAAACUGUGUGGUGUACGAAUGAAAUGGAGGAUUGUUUUCGUAGCGGGGAUAAAAAGCGAGCCACGAAUGUGAAAACCAAAAAUAUACAAUUACAGAUAAAAUAAGUGAGGAAAUAGUAUUCAGUAUUUGCAGUUAUAUCUUAAACUGUAAUUCUGAGAUUAAAUGUGAUUUCUAUUUGUGCAGCUUCAUACUCUUAGAUGUGAAAUAAUGACCUUCAUUUGAAUCAUCACUGACAUUUUCUUUUCUUUUUUUCCCUUUUUUACACAUAACACAUGACAUUUGAUGUCUUUGGCUACUACCCAACCCUCUGAUGGGUGGAGGUUGUUCCCGCAGGCACAGCUCAGGGCUUAAAAAAGGUGUUCUUUUCCAGCAUAAAACUCAUUUAAUCCUUAUUUCUCACAAUCAAUAUUCUGCUAAAAUAUGCUACAAUAAAACAACCAACAAAACAUUCAGCGUUAGCUGUGGUAGAUAAGAGUCGUAAUGAAUUGUCAACAAAAUUGAAUGUGUUAUUUGGCGAUACGGUCAGCGUAUUAAAGCAGCAAUUCAUGCAGACUUUUUAAAUUAUUCUUUUAUUUUGGAAACCCUGAUAACUACUGAGCUAUCUGCACAUCUUUCAGCUGCAUUUAUUUUGUUGUUGUUUUUGGACGAAUUGAGCUCUGAGACCUAUGCGUUUGAUAAGAUUUGUGGGUAUGUGAUUUGGAUGCUAAUGCUGCUGAUCAUAUGGAGAGUCAACACUCCACUAUUUACUCCAUUAUUUCCACUAUUUAACUUUAAAUGACGACCCUUACCUUAAAUAUAAAAUCUAAAGCGGAACAUUAUUUCCUGUAUUAUUUACUGGCAGUGCAAUAAAUGUCAGUGGGACAUUGAAAGGGCAGACGCACUCACAUUCGCUCAAUGUUUGUCUGAAAAAGUCUUCCACAGAACAUGUAAAUGUGCAAUGCUAUGAAUUAAGCGGUUGUUACAAAGUCGCACAUGGAAAUGUGAUGUUUCGCAUACCCCAAAUGAUGUGCAGCUAAAGGUAGUCAAAAUAGGACUUCAGCUGUCUGCCAGUUGGGCAGUUUCCCUUUGAAAGGAUUUCCUGUUUCAUCGUUCCACUUAAAGGCAAUUUGCAGUUUAGUCCACUGGGUCUUUAAUGUAGCGCUGGGCUGAAUGAUGUACCCUGAUCUUUCUGACAGCCAUACUUGUCACAGAUAGAAAAAAAGCCACUUACCUGGUUGGGAGCUGCAAGUGAACAUUCUGACGUGAACGUCAGUGUCACGGCUCAAACUAACGAAUGGUUCAUUUUAAGUUAUUCGUGUGAUCAACAAAUCAGACACGAGACCCGAUUCUUGUGUUUUCCAAUCAUCUUUUGCUGCGUAGUUACUGAUAUUGAUGUGGAUCAGUAUUUAUAAAACCUACUGUAUCUUUUUAUUUAUUUUGUGGACAUUGGGAUCUAAAUCUGCUGGUUAUUAAACAUAUUAAGCAUGUGGACUGGUUAAGUGUGCUCUGUAUGUACUUAUUUCCCCCCCAGUUUGUUACCUUGAUGAUUUGUGUCCUUAUAUAAAGGGAAUGUUUUAUUAAAUGUAGCUAUGGAAUAAAAAAUCCAGGAGCUAUGGAGUCAAAUGUUGAAAAAUAUUGCCGGCGUUCAUUUGAUUGCUGUCUGCAGAAUGUCGAUAAUCAUACAAAAGGAAACCGAUUCCCUUACUGUGUGCUUUGUGUUACCACUGAUCAGUAAACGGCAGUACACAAAUACCACCUGCUGGUCACCUUUAGUAAUACACCAUCGUCACCUGAAGUUGGUGUGAACAUAAUGUGAAAUCCUUGAUACUAAAUAGUUUUGUGCUUUGUUUGUAAUUCUUCAGCCUUUCAAGGUUUUAAACAAUCUUAAAAGUUCUGAUAGGAAUUCAGUUGGUGAAUUCAAACAAAGCAGAAACAAAGCAGCACUCUUCAACAUCCCAGGCUCCUUGUGUGAUACCUUCUGUCUUAUUCAAGGGUGUUAAGGCAAGACGAUUUUAAUCCAAAGGCAAUGCUUUGUACAAGGGAGCCAAAAUUCAUUUAUUGGAGUUUAGUUCAUGAUUCUGUGGUAAAAUCAUGUAAAGUUAAGUAAUAAAUCUGUUAAACUUCAUUUGGCUACAAAUAUGGAAAAAUAAUUGGUAAUUUUUCAGCUGAACAAGUCUGUUUGGUUGUUUUGCUGAAUCUAGAAGUGCUUCACACUGUUGUCAUAAGAAGAAAACGAAACACAAAUUUAGAAGAAAAGAGUACAUCCCUUCAUACUGUUUUGAGGAAUCUAUGCCGGGAAGAUCUGAUGCUGAUGCUGUCCUGGAGGAAAACAACACCUUUGCAACAUUUUAGAUAAAUUGGUACAAUAGCUUGAUGGGGGGGGAAACAGCUCAAGCAGAAAAGAGCUCAACAAAAUAAAACAAAAUU